CGUUAGGUGUUAACAUUUUGAAAAUACUAUCCAAUAACAGUGUUUUCUAUAAUAUUUUUAAAAUUAAUAUAAAAUUAAAAUUUUAUGGAAAACUAUGAUAAUUACAUAAAAAUCCUUCUUCCCCAAUUUGAAGAACCAAAUUUCGUAGCUAAUGGCCAAAUUUCACAGUUUUUUUAAAGCUUAAACAGUUAAACCUCCGGCGUCUUUCAAAUUGGCUCCCAGGAAGUAUAUGAUGAAGCAUGCAACCAGUCUUUCUAUUGCAAAUUCAAUCAUAUCGUCAUCGGCUUCAUCAAUCCCCAUUAAAAUCGGCAUUCUAUCAGUGCGAUUCUUGGCCACUGCAUUUGCAGAGACAUCAUCUUCAGAAGAAUCCCAGUUCCGAUCUGGUGUUGAAGACGAUGAUCCUACAUCCAUUGGUGUCAUCCAGGAAAAGGACCUUCUCCGGAAGGCUUCUAAUGGAGGGCUUUUGGUCCUCGAUCUCAUUGACAGGGGCGCAAUGGAACCCGAUGCCCGGUUGUACCAGAAACUCAUCAAGAAGUGUGCCGAUCAUAGAUGGCUGAAAGAAGGCAGGGCUGUUCACGAGCAUUUCCUUCGGUCCAGGUUCAGACAUUAUGUUGUUCAUAACAACACUUUGAUAAACAUGUAUUCGAAGUGCCAGAGUGUGGAGGAGGCCCAGAAGGUGUUUGAUGAAAUGCCCGAGAGGGAUAUGGUUUCUUGGGCGUCUCUGAUCACCGGGUAUUCACAAAACGAGGGGUUUUUUCAGGCGCUGACGAUGUUUCAUGAGAUGAUGAGGUCCGGAUUCGCGCCCAACCACUUCACUUUCGGGAGUGUUCUCAAGUCCGCGGGUUCUGGCACGACCGAUGCUAUGAUGGGAAGACAAACCCAUGCUGUUUGCUUGAAACACGGGUUUGAGGAGAGUGUUUAUGUGGGGAGUGCUCUUAUAGAUAUGUAUGCCAGUUGUGGAGAAAUGAAUGAGGCAAUGUCUGUGUUUCUGGGGAUGAAGAUGAAGAAUGAGGUUUCUUGGAAUGCUUUGAUUUCCGGGCAUGCUAGGAAAGGGGAGGGGGAGAACGCAUUGAAUCUUUUCUUGGAUAUGAAAAGAUCCGGUCUUGACCCGACCCAUUACACGUUUUCAAGUCUUUUCUCUGCUUGUGCAAGUAUUGGAGCUUUGGAGCAGGGAAAGUGUGUCCAUGGGCACAUGAUAAAAUCGGGUUUACAACUCGUCGCAUUUCUAGCCAACACCCUUCUCAAUAUGUAUGCAAAAUCAGGUAGCAUUGGUGAUGCCAAGAUAGUUUUCAGCCAAAUGGUGAAAAGGAAUAUAGUUUCAUGGAACUCAAUGCUCACUGCCUCUGCCCAACAUGGGCUGGGGAAGGAGACUAUAGAGCUCUUUGAAGAAAUGCUUAGGGAAGGCUAUCAACCCAAUGAGGUGACCUUCCUCUCUGUUCUCACUGCCUGUAGCCGUUCCGGGCUUUUAGAUAAAGGAAUGUAUUAUUUCGAGUUAAUGAAUAAAUUCAAGGUAAGACACGAAAUUUCGCAUUUCGUGACAAUCGUUGACCUACUCGGCCGUGCUGGUCAGCUUGACCGUGCCCGAACGUUCAUAACCGACAUGCCCGUGGAACCAACCGCAGAAAUCUGGAAAGCUUUGUUAGGAGCUUGCAGGAAGCACAAAAACACGGAUUUGGGCGUCUAUGCGGCCGAACGGGUGUUUGAACUCGACCCGUACGACUCAGGGCCCCACGUCUUGCUCUCCAACAUCUACGCGUCCGCCGGGAGGUUGAACGAUGCAGCAAAAGUGAGAAAGGCGAUGAAUGAGAGUGGAGUGAAGAAAGAACCGGCUUGCAGCUGGUUAGAAAUUGAGAAUGCUGUCCAUGUUUUUGUAGCAAAUGAUGAGUCCCACCCGGAUAGGGAGGCGAUACGAAGAAAGUGGAAGGAGAUAUGCGAGGAGAUAAAAAGAAUUGGGUAUGUGCCAGACACGAGCAAUGCCCUUUGGUUUAUGGACCAGAGGGAGAGAGAAGAGAGGCUGCAAGAGCACAGCGAGAAACUGGCUUUGGCAUUUGGGCUUCUCAGCACCCCCUCUGGUUCCACUAUCCGGAUAAAGAAGAACAUCAGGGUCUGCGGCGAUUGCCAUAGCGCAUUCAAGUUUGUUUCUAUGGUGGUUGAUAGAGAGAUAGUUCUGAGAGACACCAAUCGGUUCCAUCACUUCUGCAAUGGUUCUUGCUCUUGUGGAGACUACUGGUAGAGCAUCACACAGUCUUUAACUCUGCUCCAAUGGAGAGACAUGUCAAUUGGUUCCCACAUUUCUAGAGUUGGGGAUGCAAAUUGUAGUGGUCAACACAAAAUGGGACAGGUUUUGAUGGGUAAGAUAUUUCGGAUGUUACUGAUACCCGUGUUCGCCCCCCAUCUGAAGAGCAUGAUGGGUUCGGGU